AAAUUUCGGCACUUUUUUUCAGUGUUUGAUAAACUACAGUACAUAUUAGUGCUAAAUUUUCGUUUGUUUUAGAUUUAGAAAAGGAAGACCAUACAUUGACUGCACACUAAACAUCAGAAAAAGGUAAAAUGAUAAAUUAAUUUAAUCUGGUCGGGACUCCCUUAGUUGUCAAAAAUAAUAUCUUGUCAGACGGCGCAUUCUACAAAUAACUUAGGUUUCAACUUUUCAAAUAAUAACUUAAAAGGAAUUGAAAGGCUUUACUGAAACUGGAAAAUGGCGCAGAAGGGCAGCAAUAUGGUCUUCUACCUGACAUUGAUCAUAAUAUUCGUUUGUGGCGUCUGCAUUUGGAACUACUCCGGCUUUUUCCACGAGGAAGCCAGGUUCAAAGUGAUCCUGGUAACGUUUCUCUUGGUGAGCUGUCUCCAGUUCCUGGUUUUCGCGCCCAUCGAGUUCGUAAUUAUUUCCCUGGAUGCCGCCUGGUGGCCAGUGCAACAGGCUCCCGUGUUGCCCGAUGAAAAUGCGAAAGUUGAGACGUUUAUGGAAAAACUGAGGCUGAAGUUGCGGACGUUGCGGAGUGAGCUGCUGAUCACGGAAAGCCAUCGCAACGAGAAGAUCAACCUGAAGUACCGCCUGAUAGCCGGGGAGCUCUGGCUGACGGCCAAGCUGUUCCUGAUCCUCUUCGGCCUGAUCAUGGUCCUGAACAAGGAGCUGCUCUACUUCAACACCGCAGCCACGACGGUUCUCUUUGCCGAAGACCACGAAGAGACGUUCGGCUUCUCGAGCAUGAUCACACUGCGGGACCUGUUCCACUUCCUCGAGUUUUCCAUGAUAAGGGCCUUCACGGACGGCAGGAACACGAGUGGCGGGGCUCCGUGGAUCCACGCGGAGGGCACCCGGCUGGUGGGCGUGGUCCGGUUGCGGCAGCUGCGCACGGAGAACAACCACGAGGGCCUCAACCCACCCGUCUUCACCUCGAGGGACUUCAUGGAGGGCUGGACCCUACCGUACGAGCGGGUGCCCUACACGAACAAGUUCUGGUCGAUCUACGGGCCGUGGGUGGCCAUGGAGUCCGACUUCCGGGAGGACCUCAUCAUGGGCAUCCGCCACAAGGGGCACUUCAUCAGCUACCCGGAGACGACGGGCUACAAGGUCCUGCUCUCGGACACCCGCCGCAAGAGCCUGCUGAUCCUGGACUACUUGUACGACCACCGCUGGCUGGACGAAAACACGAGUGCCGUCUUCAUCGACUUCAGCCUGUACAACGCGGACGCGAACACCUUCAGCCUGUGCACGCUGUGGGUGGAGCAGUUCCCCUUCCACGGCAUCGAGCCCCACAUUGAGGUGGAGAGCCACGUGCUCGUGGAGCGCCUGCGCGACCUCCCCAUCUUCGGCAUGGUGAUGCUCUUCCUCUUCGUCAUUGCCUUGGUGCAGUUCGCCAAGGCGCUCAUCGUCAAGAUCUGGUUCGAACCGCACCUGAUAAGGACCCCGUGGCUGCUGAUCGACGCCCUGAUCGUGGCCCUCUGCCUGUCGAACAUGGUGAUCCUCUGCCUCCGCGCCAACCUGAUGCUGUCGAUGGUGCAGAAGGUCGAGACCGCCGUGGUGGUGGAGUUCCUCGACUUCCGCGAGCCCGCGCGCCUCUCCUACUUCGCCGACGUGGUGACCGGGUUCACCGUGGCCCUGGUCACGAUGCGGCUGUGGAAGGUGAUGCAGUUCUCCGGCACCUUCCAGCUCUUCACCAAGACCCUCUACAUGGCCUGGAAGGCGGUGCUGUGGACGUUCACCGUGUUCGCCGUGUUCAUCGGGGCCAUUGCCAUCGCCGCAGUGACGAUGAAUGGCGACCACACCCGCCACUUCAGCGACCUGUUCAAGGGAGUCGUUUCGGUGACCUGCUUCGCCUUCGGCUUCGUGAACCACGUGCAGCCGACGGAUCUCUUCCACGGCGGCAAGUGGAUGGGCAUCGUGCUGUACGCCGUGCUGGGCUUCGUGGUCAAGUUCCUGCUGAUCAACCUGAUCGUGUCCCUGAUGAGGGACCAGAUGGCCAGCGCCAAGACGAACCGCGACUACGAGGUGGUGCACCACAUCUCGUUCUGGCAAUUCCUUCGCGUCGAGUACGCCGACUUCAUCCACUUUGUUCUCAAGCUACUGCACUUGCAAAACCGAUACAAGAGCCAUAAUCGCACGGUGGCUGAGAAUAUUCAACGGAAACUGGACUUCGACCAGCGGAUGGGCAAGAAGCAGAAGAUGAGGCGCGAGUUUUUCAAGAUGAUCGAAUUCCAUCCGAGGGACGAGGCCCUCAAUCAACUGAGGUACAGGGAGCGGAUCGAACGGACCCUCAAGAUAUCCGCGAUUCUGCAGACGCAAAUGGAGCUCAUCGAGAGGCUGAUGUUCGGCGAUGAGGAUGGAAAGCUGCCGAGUUCGCGCCAGGGGGAUCAAUCUGAGUCGAAGACUUAGGUACUUUUAAAAUGUAAAAUUUACUACCCAAAAUGUAUUUAAAUGUCUUACAUUUCAUUGCAAAUUCAACCAAUAACUGCUCUACUAUGUAACUAAAUCUUUUUAAAUUUAUGAGACAUUGUUUCCAAGCUUGCUAGG